AUGUGUGGACGUUUUGCUUGUGGUUUAGCACCUGAUGUUGUACGUCGUCUUUCAACUUAUAUGCAUUCUCAAACACAUGAAUCAACUAUACCACCAUUUAUUGAUUUAAUGCCAUCAACAAAAUCUUUUCGACCAAGUUGGAAUUUAGCUCCAACUUCUACUUGUCUUUGUUUAAUUUCGGCCAAACAUUUAGAUGAAACAGAAGAUUCAUCAACACGAGUUCUUUGUACAAUGCGUUGGUCACUUGUUCCAAGUUAUUACAAAGGCAAUUUAAAUGAAUUUAAACCUGUUUUAAAUAAUUGUCGAUCGGAAACUAUUGAUCAAAAACCAACAUUUAAAAGACCAUUGAGAAAUGGUCAACGAUGUGUUGUGCUUGCUGAAGGAUUCUUCGAAUGGAAGAAGAAUGUAUCAAAAACACCUUUCUUUAUCUAUCAAACUGAACCAUUUCUCAAUGAAAAACAUUAUCCAAAUAUAAAUGUUGAGAAAAUUUCUGAACAAUUUGAAAAAGAUAAUGAAAAUAAAUUACCAUUAUUAGCUAUGGCUGGUCUUUUUGAAAUUAAUCAACAUUGUGAAACUGGACCAUUAUAUUCAUGUACAAUAUGUACAGUAAAUGCAAGUGAAACAAUGCGAAAUGUACAUAUUCGAAUGCCAGCGAUUUUGUCAAGUCAACAUGAAAUAGAUGAAUGGCUUGAUUUUGGACGAUAUAAUACCGAACAAAUUCUUCCAUUACUUGUACCACAUAAUGAUAUUCAAAUGUAUCGAGUAACACCGAAUGUAGGUUCAACAAAAAUUAAUGAUAUCAAUAAUAUUCGACCGAUGAAUGUUGAUAAAGAAAAUAAAACAUUGUCAUCAAAUCGAAAUACACUUGAUUCAUUUGUAAUAAAAAAAGCACCAAGUAAAUAUUUUCAAGAUCAUCUAUUAAAAGAUGAAAGCAAUAAAAUCUUAUCUCAUAAACGAAAUCAAGAUACAAUUGAUGAUUAUAUAUAUAAAGAGACAAAACCAUCGGUAAAACGAUUCAAAAAAUAG